GUUUCUAGUUUAUUUUCCAAUAAUUUGCGCUCACACCCGCACAUUGAUUUUAUUUUUUCAUUUUGUAAAAAAGGCAAUAAUCAAUUAAUUUUAAAUCUAUUAAAUAUCAUUUAUAAGUACCUAAUGAAAAUGUCGAUAUUUAAACCCACCUUCACUUUAACUAUAACUUUAUCUCCCAAUUUGAUGCAAAAAGUAAAAUAGUUAUCAUUCAUCUCAAAUGUGAAAGAAAAAAAUAUACUUUGCAAAAAUGAAUUCGUCGUUACUCGUAACCAUCCACCAAUCCGUCUAGCUAGCUCGGUCGUCCUAUCGUCUUAUAAUAAAUCUAUGCAAUGGUCUCUUUCAUAUGUGUUUUUGUUUUGCACUUGCUAAUACAAACAAGUGAGAAAGCUAUACCACCGCCGGUAUAUAAUUCAUGAAAGAAUCAUAAAAUAUCUCAUCAGAAAUGUCUCGCUCUGCGUAUUCUGUUGGUUGUUGGGAUAAUCUAGUCGGCAAAGUACAUAUAUAUUUAUCUAAUAUAAAAUAUACAUUAUGCAAUAGCCCUAGCGACCGCCGAUGUUUGUGCUAUUAAUUAAAAACAAGUGAAUUCCGUUCCGUUAUUGUAAAUAAACAUAUCUCAGAUCAGAAACAAAAAGUAUUUUAUGUAUUUAAACAUAUAGAAAAGUAAAAAAAUCGAUAAAACCAACCAUUUUUCAUUCCAAGAUUCCAAUAAGAAAAAAAGCGAAGAAGUACACUUCUCUCAGGUUUUUGUCUGCAAAGUGUCAAAUGUCAAAUCGAACAACAGAGUUUACUCAUUAUUGCUGUCAUCUUUAGUGUAUUUUCUUUUUCUUGUUUUUAUUUUUUAAGUGCUGCUCUUUGGCUCCAAAAAAUAAUAAUAUUUUGCAAUAAAAAUGUAUUUCGUUGUGUUUUGUAAACAGAAAAUUAAAUAUUAGUGGAUAAGUGAUGGCAGGGCGCUAAAAUACAAUCUAUAGUUAUCACAUGCGCGUUCGCUGUUAUUUUUUAUUUUUAUUUUAUUUUUUAAUGUUAUUCAAGUAUUUUUGUGAAAGAACUUGAGCCAAAAUAAAAUAGAAAAGCGAAAUAGAAUCAUAUUAAAACAUUUAUUUGAGCAAAAGAAUAAGAUAUUGCUAUCUAGUGUUUGAUACAAAUUAUGGAAUCUGAUCCCAAUGGGAUAAAGAUCGAACCGCCUACUGAACAACAAUAUUCGCACUUGCUAGGUUUGAAUGGCGCCAAUGGGCGCCUUAUCAUUGAUCAUCCAUCCACUUUGUUGUCGCUUGCUGCCGCACAAUCGCAUCAUCAUCUACCCCCACAUCUUCAGCAGCACCAUCAGCAAUUACAUCAACAGCAACAACAACAACAACACCAACAACAACAACAUCAGCAACAACAACAGCAACAGCAGGAACAACAUCAACUGCAGCAGCAUUCGAUACACCAUCAACAUCAGCAACCGCCCCCGCUGCCUCCACCGCUGGAUGUAAGCACAAGUUCAAUUGAAAACAACGUUUCUGGGCUGCCCCCAGGGCCUAGCAGUUUAUCAUCUCUAUCGCCAUAUCGUAGUAUUACUCCACUUUCAGCGUCAGGUAAACAACGCUGGAACGAAAGCCCUGAAGCCAGAGCACGUCGUUUAGCCCGAAAUGCUGAAAGAAUGCGCGAAAGACGUUCACGUGAAUCUGACGACGAGUAUCGCAAGCGUCUAUCGCGUAAUGCCGAAGCAAAUCGAAUGCGACGGCAAAACGAAUCGGAAAUGGAACGUGCCAUGCGGCUAGUGCGAAAUGCUGCCCGGCAGAGAUUAAGGCGUGCUAUGGAAACGCCCGACCAGCGCGCUAAACGUCUACAGAAAUUGGCCGAGCGAAUGCGUCUUUAUCGAGCAAAUGAAAGCCCGGAUCAGAGGAAGAUGCGGCUUGCAGAAAUGGCUGCCCGCGCCCGACAGCGCAUUGCUAGUGAGACGACAGACGAGCGCAAGGAAAGACUGAAAAAAUUGAACGAGUAUGCAAAAAAGGUCAGAGAAAAGAAAAAAAUUUUAAAGCUCAACCCAAAUAGCGUUAAUAAUAUUGGAAAUUUUAACAAUCAGGAGGUCUCUAGUCCUAGAACAUCCCUUCUGACGCAAGAUCGACAGCAUGAUCAACAGCAAGUCCAACAUCAGUCAGAACAACAAUUGCCUUCGCAAUACCAGCAUCAGACCCUGGCAAAUUCAAUUGAAUACUAUCAAAACAUGUUCAUGAGCCCGUCAGUACGACCCGGUAAUGUGCUACUCUCUAAAGAUUCACCAUCACCAAGUCAACACCAUCAACAGCAUCAAAAUCAACAAAGCUUGCGCUUAUAUGAUGAUCACAAGCAGAGUUUGCAGCAGCAUCAUCAGCUAUCAAAGGUUCCACACGCUUCGGCUUUUGGCACACUUGCCAGUUCAAUUGAGUACUACCAAAACAAAUUCAUAAAAAAGCAGGAACAUCAAGAUGGCAGCAAUGCUAAAAUACUCCCACUUCCGCUUCAGAUAGAUGAAGAGAAGCUGAAUAAACUGAAAAGUUCACCCAACUCCGACGAGGCCAAUAACUUUCAGCAUCAGCAGCAGCAACAACAGCAGCAAAUUCAAAACCCGCCAACACCACUCUAUAAUCAGUUUUCAUACUUAUCGUCAUUUCCCGGUGGCUCGGUUUUAAAUCCUCCUCAGGGGACAACAACUUCGCCUUGUCCGUCGACACCAUCAAGCACCCAGCAACCUGCCGCCUACUAUCCAAUGUAUCAUAAUGGUUUUCAGCUAGCCAUAGCACCGAAUACUGUGCCUCCACCCUUUACGCCUGUUCAUUUUCCGCAAGGGUCUUCACAAACACCAAGUCCUUCGUCGUCGCAGUCGCCGAGCCCGUACAAUCUGCUUACAAACUCAACUCUGGCGGCUGUAGCAACAACCGCUACGACUACUUCAUCAACACGAGCUUCAGAAACUCCACAGUUACAACAACAACUGAUUCAGGAUUUUCCAAAGCCGGUCCGCGGUCGCCCUAGAAAACUCUAUGCCGACAAUAGCCUGUCAACUGAUUUGCACGAAGAAGCAAUUCUCAGGCAACAAAAAGCCAAUUCUUUGCUGGAACAAGAGAUCAACCAAAUGCUAGCCGUAGCAGCAGCAGCAUCAUCAACAACAACAACAUCAAAUACAAAGCAAGGAAGGCGCCGCGGACGUGGUCAAGAAUCAGAUGAAGAAAGACGAAUACGAUUAGACAGAAUGGCUGCUCAUCAGCGUGCUGUGCGUGCUAAUGAGAGCCUCGAUCAGCGAGAAAUUCGACUGAGAAAUUUAAGUGCUCGAGCACGCAUGAAGCGUGCCCAAGUGCGAGCCACAGAAACUGACAAUGAACGCAAGCACAGACUUGCAAAGCAGGCAGAAUAUGCCCGUUUAAGAAGACUACGGUCACAAGCCCCCGAAAAUAAGAAAAUAAUUGAGGAGCGUGCUAAACAAUUGUACGCACAAUUGCACAAUAUGGCAAUGCCAGAUGAAUCCACACAGCAGGAACUAACACUAACGAGCACACAGAAUAAUAUAUCACAGGAGCAGCAUAAUUUAAUGAUGCUCCAGCAUCAACUCCACCCCACAUCGUCGUCUUCGGCACAACAACACCAUCUGCAACAACAAAUUAAUGUUAUAACUAAUGGUGGCAGUGGCAGUGGUGAGGAUUUCGGAAAGAAUCCCGGCAAAGACUUUGGUCAGUCUGAAAAUAACGAUGUAUUAAAAAUUUUAGAACCCAUUAUAGUUAUGAAAACUAAGUAAAAUUUAAGAAAUACAGUUUUUAAAAAUGCAAGAGCAAAUAAGUUUAAAAAAUAACAAUAAAGCAUAAAAUUAAUACAAAUAUAUGUAUUUAGGUGAUUAAGUAGUGACUAACUAAUGUGUAUGUAAAAGUAGGGAGAAUAAAACAAAUAAGUAAAAUGCAUAGAAAAAGAAAAAAAAGUAUAACAAUAAAACAAAAGUCAAUAAUUUUUUAAAAGUAGAA